AUGUUUGUGGCUCGUAGCAUUGCAGCAGAUCACAAAGAUCUAAUCCACGAUGUUUCCUAUGAUUUUCACGGCCGGAGAAUGGCAACUUGUUCAAGUGACCAAAGUGUCAAGGUAAAAAAAACAAGUGAGCUAAGCUAGCUAGCUAGUAGCAGGCUAGCUUGCUUGCUAACUCUUUACCUUAUCGAUAUUGAAAUAAGUAGCUAAUUCAGCAACCAAAUUAACUGCAGCAAACUAGUUUAAUUGAUGACUAUUACCCACUUUAGAGAAAAGUAAUUAACUGACUAUUUGCAGUUUAAAACAGCUUGCUAACGUUAACUAAGCCAGCCAACCAGAUUGCAAGCCAUGUAACUAGCUUGCUAUGUUAGCUGGAUGUAAACAAAAUGCACAGACUGUAACCAGCGCUUGCUUUAGUAAAACAUUGUCAAUGUUCUUCCUCCUUCAGGUUUGGGACAAGAGUGAAAGUGGGGAGUGGCACUGCACUGCCAGCUGGAAGGCAAGUCUAUUUUAUUUCUUACAUGCCAAGAUUUAAAAGUAUGUUUUUAAGUGUCUGCUUUGAAUUGUAGCUAGCUACUAGGCCUAACUAUCUUCUCUCCCUUUGAAAGGUCUUUGCCUAUUAAAUUUGGAAAUGCACUAUGUAGAAUGAAGGUUUUGUAAUGAUCUCGUCUUUGCAGACACACAGCGGGUCCGUAUGGAGGGUGACAUGGGCCCACCCUGAGUUUGGACAGGUGCUGGCCUCCUGCUCCUUUGACCGAACAGCUGCCGUGUGGGAGGAGAUCGUUGGGGAGUCAAACGACAAACAGAGGGGGCAGAGCCACUGGGUAAAACUCCUGGACAUUCAGCUACGAGCCUGUUCCCACAUCUAUUUGUACUGUCUCACCAAUUCCAAUUGUCUUUGUCAUGCCAGUUUGGCACAUGCCGGUCUUGUACCAGGCUAUUAUCCAGCCACUGCAGUAAGGGAUUCUCUACCCAAGUGAUAGAGUCAAGGAGACAUGCGCCCGGAUGUACAGUAUCUGUAACAAACUCUCAUUCUGUUUAGAUAAAGAGGACGACGCUGGUGGACAGCAGGACGUCGGUGACGGAUGUGAAGUUUGCUCCUAAACACAUGGGUCUGAUGCUGACGACGUGCUCAGCAGACGGGGUGGUGAGGAUCUACGAGGCUCCAGACGUGAUGAACCUCAGCCAGUGGUCCCUGCAGCACGAGAUCUCCUGCAAACUCAGCUGCUCCUGUAUCUCCUGGAACCCCUCCAGGUCUGCUUCACUGAGUCGGUAGAUGUAGGCCUAAUUUCAGUCUACGGUCAUUUGACUAUCGGUUGCGUGAAACCAGUCAGUGAUUUUUAAGAUGAAUAUCACUUUAUUCGUCAAUUGUACACAAUGUCCAAUGAACUGAAAUGUGACUUCUGCUUUGAUGAAUCAAUGGCAGUGUUGCUGAUUGUCCACUGCACACGCUAACAGCCCUGUGUCACGUUCUCUAUAGCUGGGGUAUUCAACUCUUACCUGACGAGGUCCAGAACCUGCUGGUUUACUGCUCUACCUGAUAAUUAAUUGCACACACCUGGUGUCCCCGGUCUAAACCAGUCCCUGAUUAGAGGGGAACUGGCUUCAAGGUCCAGAGUGUUCCACUGCUGUGAAAAUGCAUUUGGAGCGCUCCGGCAGCUGUAGAUACUAAUGAGCUAUUGUAUUGAUGACUAUUAACAACAUGUUACCUAGUUUAAUAACUGUCUAUUUAUAAUUUUCUCCUUAGCUCUCGUGCCCACCCGCCCAUGAUAGCAGUGGGAAGUGAUGACAGCAACGUGAUGUACGGUGGGAAGGUUCAGAUCUACGAGUACAACGAAAACACUAGGUCAGUCCUAUUACAUGAUUAGCACAACAAACACUAGGUCAGUCCUAUUACAUGAUUAGCACAACAAACACUAGGUCAGUCCUAUUACAUGAUUAGCACAACAAACACUAGGUCAGUCCUAUUACAUGAUUAGCACAACAAACACUAGGUCAGUCCUAUUACAUGAUUAGCACAACAAACACUAGGUCAGUCCUAUUACAUGAUUAGCACAACAAACACUAGGUCAGUCCUAUUACGCGAUUAGCACAACAAACACUAGGUCAGUCCUAUUACGUGAUUAGCACAACAAACACUAGGUCAGUCCAAUUACAUGAAUAGCACAACAAACACUAGGUCAGUCCUAUUACAUGAUUAGCACAACAAACACUAGGUCAGUCCUAUUACAUGAUUAGCACAACAAACACUAGGUCAGUCCUAUUACAUGAUUAGCACAACAAACACUAGGUCAGUCUAUUACAUGAUUAGCACAACAAACACUAGGUUCAGUCCUAUUACAUGAUUAGCACAACAAAACACUAGGUCAGUCCUAUUAUAUGAUUAGCACAAACAAACACUAGGUCAGUCCUAUUACAUGAUUAGCACAACAAACACUAGGUCAGUCCUAUUACAUGAUUAGCACAACAAACACUAGGUCAGUCCUAUUACAUGAUUAGCACAACAAACACUAGGUUAGUCCUAUUACAUGAUUAGCACAACAAACACUAGGUCAGUCCUAUUACAUGAUUAGCACAACAAACACUAGGUCAGUCUUACAGAUAGAUUACAUUAUUGGGCCCCGUGUAGCUCAGUUGGUAGAGCAUGGCAAUUGCAACGCCAGGGUUGUGGGUUCGAUUCCCACGGGGGGCCAGUAUGAAAGAAACACACAAAAAAACAUGUAUGCACUCACUAACUGUAAGUCGCUCUGGAUAAGAGCGUCUGCUAAAUGACUAAAAAUGUAUUUUAAAAAAAUGACAUUAUACAGGUGGAGCUGAUGGUUACAUGAACCCCACAGUUCCCUUGGGAGAAAUAAAGCUAUUCUAUUUUAUUCUACUGUAUCAUGUUGUUAGACAAUUUCGCUCUUAAAAUAGAGGAAUCUAUCUUUGAUCAGGAAAUAUGCCAAAGCUGAGACAUUGAUGACGGUGACUGACGCGGUGCAUGACAUAGCCUUCGCCCCUAACCUGGGGCGGUCCUUCCACGUGCUCGCCAUAGCAACCAAAGACGUUCGGAUCUUUAAGUUGGUACCUUUGCGGUGAGUGGAUAAAUGUAGAUGUUGUUUCUGACUAUAGGAGAGGCAAAAUAGGACUAAUGUGUGAAGUACGUAUUGAGAGUUUUCUAAUAGAUAUUAGCUGUAUCUUUUGGACUGGCUGUAUUGUCUAAGUAGUAUGUAGAUCACAGCAGUUCACAGGCUGUACAGUGUCAAUAUAUUAUACUGACCUGUUCUGCAUAUCUCUCUCAUCUGACAGGAAGGAGAGCAGCUCAACAGGCCCUACUAAGUUUGAGGUUCAGAUCGUGGCCCAGUUUGACAACCACAACUCCCAGGUGUGGAGAGUCUCCUGGAACAUCACCAGCACCCUGCUGGCCUCCUCAGGAGACGACGGCUGUGUCAGGCUCUGGAAAGGUAGAGUACAUAUCUAGUAUAGACUAGAAACAUUGAUUCUAUUAAUGAUGCACUCUGGGAUCUUAAAGGUGUGCUAUGCGGAAAUCGCUCCGCCAUUUCCUGGUUGCUAAAAUUCUAAUAGUUCGCCUAAUUUCCGUUGGUGAGAAAACAUGCAACUAUAGUGUAGAGAAUCACUGUACUGACUAAACCGCUGUGAAAUAUAUAUUUUCCAUAACCAAACAUAUUGUAUUUUCAGCUGUUUGAAGCUGGUGCACAAAACCAAAAGUAAAAGACAUAAAAAUAAUAUGUAAUACCGGGUAGCAUAGGAACAACCAGAUCGAUAACUUAUAUUUCUAUGUGGUCGCCCAAAAAGUUACCGUAUUAUAUUUAUUAUAUAUAUUAUUACCGCACUAUAAGGCGCACCGGAGUUAAAUUGAAUGAUGUGUACAUAUAUAAGCCGCACUGGACUAUAAGCCGCAGGUGUUUUAAUGUUUAAGGUCUUCUAGUGGCCGUUAGCUGUAAAAAUCCAUAGAUUAGCCACACCGUUAUAUAAACCGCAGGGUCGAAAAAUGGGGGGAAAAGGCGCGGCUUAUAGUCCGAAAAUUACGGUACAUAUUGCAGCUUGAAGCACAACAAAUUCGUAACACAUCGCACAAAAUGGAUGACGUAGUGCAGAAAAAAACAGGGACCCGUUUUGGCUCGUGAGCACCACUUCCAAAACUACUGGCUAAAAUUGUAGAGAAGUUUGAGAGUGCAUCUUUUAAAUGACUUAACUAGUUGUAAUAUGAGGCAGAGCUGACGACUGACUGCCUCUAUGCUGGAACUUGACAAUGACCACUAGAUUUGGCAAGGCCGCACCAACCGGUUUGGGACCAGGCUAAAAGUCUGUGCAAUAAUUAAAGCCAAUGGUUUAGCUGAAAUAAAAUAAAGUGCCAUCUACUAGUGAACUGUGUAAGGUUCCUGUUUCAUAUGUACACCACACAUUUACACUAUUUUAAUUAGUUCUCAUACCAAUCUUCUGGUCCCCAGCCAACUAUAUGGACAACUGGAAGUGUACAGGCAUCCUGAAGGGAGACGGUAGUCCUGUCAACGGGUCGUCAGGACAACCCAGUGCCAUGAAUACCGUGGUGGGGUCGACUGUCCAGACCUCCCAGAGUGCACUGAACGGCUCUGCUGCAGGAAGGUAGGAGGCUACGCCCACUGUCGGAGCUGACGACUGACUGCUUUCCUCUCUCUGGGUCUGACUGACCCUGCAGCACUGACCCCUCCCUGGGUCAACUGGCACCGUGGGCUGCACUCAUUCAAAGAGCUUGGCUUCUGGCAAGGCCUAGCAGGUCAGACCCAGCACAUAGGCCUGCUCCCUGUGCUAGGCCUGUCUGCUAGUCAUAAAAGGAGUGUUUGGGAGGGGGGUUUGCUACAGUUUAAUGUUAGCACAACAGCAGGUUGGUGUUUUAUUGUACACUUUUUUUUUUUGGGGGGUGAUUGAUUGUUUACACAAUUUUAGGUUGAGGGAACAAGAAUGUUAUUUUGAAGAAUAUAAUUUUUACAUUUUAGAUUAGUUACAAUUACAGAUGUCUGUCAUCAUCACAUAAUGCCCCAGAAAUUGAGUUUAAGCUUUUCUCAUUUCAUGGUCUUCAUACCAGGGCCAAACAUACAAGCUUGCUAAAUGGAAUACUUUACUCUUUUGAUUUAAUCUUCUUAUGAUAGAAUGUAAAUAAUGUUUGGUGGGCAUAUUGAUAAAAAAUAAAGUUCAUAUUUUCAAUACUUUUUUUUUUUUUUUUUUUUUUUAACCAAAAAGUUGCCAAAAUCUUUGCAUGGUGGAGGAACAUCUGGACUAUAAUCUGGUAAUAAUCCCUAUUAACCUGCUGGUAAUCUGUCAUUAAUCUGAAUGAAAUAGUGACUACAGGCCGGUAACCAUACUAGUGCUUUGAUAACACACAAUGUUAAUAUUGCUGAGUUUACAUUCAAUAUUCCACCUUGUACUAUACAUCAACAUUCCUUUCCAGGCGUUAUACUCUCACCUAGUACUGUACGUUGGUUCAUAAUAAAAGUCUAACAUGCCCUCGCUUGUGGUGACUAUUCUGCCUUAAAAUCCACUCCAUUCUGAAAGGCCUCUGCUAACCUGUUACAUUGUGACUGCAUUGUACAGCGUAUUGUUUCUGUUUUAAUAAUGACAACUUUUUCUGUACUGUCAAUCUUGAUAAAUGCAUCUUAUUGUGAUUUGUGUUCAUGACGGUGUGUAUGUCUGAUUGAAGUUGUUCAGUCUAAUUGGAAAUGAAGUAGUUUGCUUGCGUGUUAUUAUCCCGUUUCAAUAAGGCCUCGUCCCCGUGUGGUCUAUUGGACGUGAUGGAUGCUGCUUGAUGCAUGCACACAGGAAGGGCAGGAGAACCCCCUUUAGCCCUCGCCCGCGACGCCUGACUGCCCCCAACACACUCCACCAGCCUGCAGACUAUUGAUCUAAAGCCCAUUGACCAGCCGGCACCUCACUUCUCUAUGAUGUUUCCAUAUGUGGGCAAGGAUGCCACUGCUUCAGGAAUACUUGGUUCUAAUUGGUCGAGUGGGUGUUUUUGAUUUAUUUUAGAUAACACCACAGAUCGGUAAAACAUCUAAAUGAAUACACCCCACAGUCUUCUGUUUUGUUCAUGUGUCUGUUAGUUCUGCUGAAUACAGUGUCUUUUGUUUUGUGUUCAUCCUGCUUCUGCACGUCUUGCCCUUCACUUUUACUGUUCUGUAUAGCUGCCUUCCUAUUUUAAUUCACUUCUCAUUUCUCUGUUUUUGUUUGUUUAUUUGUAUCCCAUUGUUGUCUGUUUCCUGUUCCUGUCUGGUCGUUGUCUGUUUCCUGUUCCUGUCUGGUCCAUGUCUGUUCUCUGUUCCUGUCUGUUUCCUGUUCCUGUCUGGUCCAUGUCUGUCUCUGUGUUGUUUCAGGUAUUUCUUCCCCCCUCUGGACGCCCCCAGGGCAGGGUCCAGGUACGGCCACCUGCUGCCCCCCCCCUCCCUGAUAGAGCACUGUGAUGCCCAGUCCAGUCCCCCGCCUGUCCCCCCACAGCCUGGCUGUACACAGCCAGCUCCCCCAGUCCCCUCUCUCCAUCUAUGGCCAGCUCCCCCAGUCCCCUCUGGCCAUCUAUGGCCAGCUCCCCCAGUCCCCUCUGGCCAUCUAUGGCCAGCUCCCCCAGUCCCCUCUGGCCAUCUAUGGCCAGCCCCCACACUCCCCCCUGUCUCUGCACAGACUGUACUCACCCUCCAGAGCCCUCAACCCCCUGCCUGAACACGACUGA